GCAUUGCUGAGUAAGCUAGCCCCAGACCUAAGAGGGUACCUUAGAGUAUAUCUUUUAAGACUUCAUUUGAAGUUUCUAAGAACACUAAUAUCUGAGUGGUCUUUGGGUACACUUUUAAAUAGAAGUUUUGAACUGUGGGCAAAUGUAUCCAAUCUUUUACAGUCCUUAUUCAAGUGUAUAUGGCAUCUAUAAAGUGAAACAACCCUAAUUUGGCAGAUUUCAGGUCAUUUGCAAAACCUCCAGACUGUAGAUCCUCAAAUAGUCCUCUGUGGUGCUAUUUAAGAUCUGGAGUUAGAAUUUUAUGCCAAGAGGGAUUUAACAAACCUCUCAUAUUUUGAUUAUAAACAACCUCAGACGAUACUAGGGAUGAAAGAUAUUCUUUUAUUGCUAAUUGGCAGUUCCCCGAUCUAAGCCAAGUGAAAUGCAAAUAGUUGCUUCUCUUAGUUGCCAUAACUGAACUUUCAUCGAAUUUUGUUUGAUAUCUCUAAUAUUCUAGAGUGGAGAGAAUGACUUCCGAUGAAAACAACCAAGUCGAAGAAAUUGUCAGAAACGCUUAUUAUUUCCGCAGUUUUCAAGCAGAAAUUGAUGAUCUCUAUCCUUUGUAUGAAUAUAUUAUAAAAUAAAGUUUCACAUAUGAAUUUUAAAUUUAACCGUUAUUUAGACAGAAAUUUUAUAGAGAAAACUAACUUUUUUGAAUCAUUAACUACUGAUAAUUUUAAUUUGUUGCAAGUGAAAGCGAAAAAUAAAAACUAUUUUGGCUUUCUUGACCUCUCAUAUCCUCAACAGAUUACUUAUUUAUCCAUCAACUCUAAUUGAUAUCCCUCUUGGAGCAUUUCUAAUGUCCUGAAGUCCAUUACAAAGGUCAGUCCUAGAGUGUUGAAUAAAAUAAAGAUCUUUUAUUUUGAAAUCAAUGCUCCCCAGUUCAAGAGAAUCAUGGCUUCAUAUAAGCAUGUUCAAAGAAUAAAUGUAAUUUUUUGUAAACUCUCAAUUCCCUCAAUCCUCAACUUUUCUCAGUCUUUGAGAAAUACAAAGAUCAAAAAGCUUGACUUCUGUUCUUGAGGAAACUCCAAGUUUUCUGAUUGGAAAAGUAACCCUCAAGAGUUCAUAAAUCUAAUCCAAGGGCUAGCUUCGACCCAAGACUUAAAGCAGAGUCUUCAGAUCAUAUAUGUAGGUGGGUGUAACGUCCAAGAGAGCCAAAUCAGAGAUAUCCAGGACAAGUAUGGACUUAAUGAUGUCGACAUUAGAGCAUAAAAGUGGUCAUAAUUUUAGAAAUUGUCAUGAUCC